AUGGCUGCUGCGCUGCGUUCUUAUAUUGACGCCCCAUUCGUCUUUGCUUCAACGCAGACAGGAGCCUCCACCGAUGACUUGAAACUCAUUGGGUCCUUCUUACUUUCCUACCCGUUGGCAGCCAUUCUGAAAAGACUCCCCGACAAGGAUCCGUGGAAGAAAAAUGUCUUCAUCAUCACCGUGUCUCUCUUCUACAUGAUCGGCCUAUACGAACUCUGGGACGGCUUGCGGACAAUAUUGUACAGCUCGGUGGCAACCUACGUGAUCGCCUAUUAUGUCGAUGGGUCGUUGAUGCCAUGGAUUGGCUUCUUCUUCUUGAUGGGCCACAUGUCUAUCAGCCACAUUUACCGCCAGAUGCUUGAUGACCCGACUGUUGUCGACAUUACCGGGCCGCAGAUGGUGCUGGUGAUGAAGCUGUCGGCUUUCUGCUGGAAUAUACACGAUGGCCGUCUGCCUCAAGCCCAGCUCACGGAUGCACAGAAAUACGCUGCCGUCACGGAGUUUCCGAGUGUCCUCGAUUAUGCUGGCUAUGUCCUCUUCUUCCCUUCACUAUUCGGGGGGCCCGCAUUCGACUACAUUGACUACCGCCGGUGGAUUGACACCACCCUCUUCGAUGUUCCACCAGGCACCGAUCCGUCAAAAGUUCCGCCAACGCGGAAAAAGCGAAGAAUCCCGCGCAGUGGACGUCCAGCAACUAAGAAGCUCGCCAUGGGUCUCUUCUGGAUAUUGGCUUUCCUGCAGCUCAGCGGAAUGUACCCGGCCGAGCUUGUCCUCAAUGAUGACUACAUGCAAUACUCGCUUUUGCGCCGUAUAUGGUACAUGCACAUGAUCGGUUUCGUGACCCGGUUGAAAUACUACGGAGCGUGGGCCCUGACCGAAGGCGCGUGUAUUCUGUCCGGCCUUGGGUACAAUGGAUUUGACCCGAAAACGGGCAAGGUGUUUUGGGAUCGUUUGGAAAAUGUGAACCCCUGGGGCCUCGAGACGGCGCAAAACACACGUGGUUAUAUUGAGAACUGGAAUAAGAAUACCAACCACUGGCUGCGAAACUACAUCUAUCUGCGAGUGACGCCAAAAGGUAAAAAGCCGGGAUUCCGAGCCAGCAUGGCGACAUUUAUCACCAGCGCGUUUUGGCAUGGCUUCUACCCUGGAUAUUACUUGACAUUUGUCCUGGCGUCACUCAUUCAGACCGUUGCAAAGAACUUCCGUCGACACGUUCGUCCCUUUUUCCUCACCCCCGACGGCACCAAACCGACUGCUGCGAAACCCUACUAUGACGUCGCAUCGUGGGUUGCAACCCAGGCCGUGAUGUCAUUUACCGUCGCUCCUUUUAUCAUUCUGUCCUUUAGCGACACCAUCAAAGCCUGGAGCCGUGUGUAUUUCUACGGCUUCGUCGCCGUCGCGUCCAGCAUGGCUGUCUUCUCCAGCCCGGUCAAGGGCUACCUGACCAAGACUCUGAAGAAACGCAACCGACCGCCGCCCAUGACACGAGCCGUGAGCGCAGACCCGCCGAUGCUCGGUCUUCCCGGCGAUCCCGAAAAGGAGGUCGAGGGCGCCGUCAAGGAGAUGAUGGAUGAGAUUGAGGAGAUGCGGAAAAAUGGUGUGUCGAUUCCGACGGGCCCGGAACUGCGUGCUCUGAUUGAGAAGAACACUGGUAAGAAAUUAGCAUAA